UGAAGUUUCGGCGUUUCUGGUUUGUCUUUUGCCCGUGGUGGAGGAGGAUUUGCCCGGCACUGUUCAUUGACUCGCCAGGCACUGUUCAUCGUCUCGCCCGGCACUGUUCAUCGCCCGUGCCCGACGCUCGUGCCCGAGCUUCGUCCGUCGCCCCGCUGCCGCCUCCGCCUAGCGCUGCCCUGAUCAGCGCCGCUCAGCGUCGACCUGCCCAGCGACGCUCUGUCCAGCCGCCUCCUCCCAGCACUGCCCUGAUCAACGCUGCUCAGCGUCGCCCUGUCCAGCGACGCCCAAUCCAGCGGCGUUCCUGUUCAGCCGCUUCCGCCCAGCGUCGGCCUGCCCAACGACGACCUGCCAGCGGCGUUCCUCUCUGUCAUCCGACGCAUCGCCCAGUGCUGCGUUUUUUUUUCCGUCCAGCCCCGUGCCGCUCUGCCUGGUUCUCGCCGUUCUGCCUGUUUCCGCCCAGCGCCGCUCCCUCGUGGUCCUUUUCCGGCGCUGCCUUCUUGCUGUCUCUUCCACCGUGAGGCCUAGGCGUUCUCUGCCUUUUUUGGUGUUGUUUUUUGUGCUGUUUCUCCUUGCUGCCUACUGGUUUGUGAUUAUGGCAGCCUCUUCCUCGUCCACCGUCAACACUAAUCCGACUGAAAUAGGGGCUUUUAGAACUGAGAAUGUUCCCAUGCAGGUCAUUACUCUUCGCCUUACCAAGGAGAACUAUUUCUCGUGGUCACCGGCUAUGACUAUGGGGAUUGCUGGCCGUGGUCGCAUGGCCUAUAUUGAUGGAAGCAACCCUGAACCAGCAAGAACAAGUGAUGUGUGGCAUACGUGGUUUCUUGAGGAUAAUCAAGUGAAAACUUGGAUUAUCAACUCCGUUUCCGCCGAUAUUCAGCCCCUUAUCCUUCGGAAGAAGACUGCUAGAGACAUGUGGGUGGUUCUCGAGCAAAUGUAUGGCCAAAAGAAAACGGCAAUUCGUACUUACCAAGUAAUGAAGACAGUCUAUGGCAUUCGACAAGGGAACUCGUCUGUUGCAGAGUACUAUGGGGCUUUGAAAGCUAAGUGGGAAGAGCUUGACUAUCAUUCUGAUAUUCCUUGGCAUUGUCCCCAUGAUCAGGCGCUCUAUGUUGCUCAUGAAUGGGAAAACAGGGUGUUCCUCUUUUUAGCAGGUUUAAAUGAUGAGUUUGAAGGUGUUCGAAGCCAGAUUCUGAAUUCAGGGGAGGUGUCCAGUAUUGAAGAUGUGUAUUCCUGUGUUGAAGCGGAAGAACAGAGAAGGCUUGUUACAAAAGAAGGGAAGAGGGAACUUGUGCCCUAUUACGAGAGAUCUGCUCUCGUGAGUCGUGGUCCUGACGGCCCGUCUAGAUCUCUUCGCCGGUGCACUCACUGCAAGAAGACAGGUCACACCAUGGAUUAUUGCUGGGAUCUUCAUCCAGAAAAGAAGGGAACCAAAGGGAGAUCGUCAAUUGGGAGAACACCUGUGUCUGAGGUGCAGGCAUCCAGUGGAGAAAAAGUCUCCAUUUCUGCUGACCAGCUUCGUGAACUAAGGGCUUAUUUGGGCAGGAUCGAUGUCAACAAGAUUGAGACCUCAGAGAGAACUACAGCUAAUCAGGCUCUUGCAGUUAUUGGCAAUCAAGGUAACUCUUCUGUGGGGGAAUGGAUUGUCGAUAGUGGUGCUACUCAUCACAUGACAGGACUUGGUGACAGGGAAGAGGAUUGGGAUUGGUUUAGCUUCUGAUGGAUUAUAUCGUCUUCCCAUACGUGUGGCUACUGCUCUGUUGACAGCGAUCCGCAAGACAGAUAAGAGAAGAGAAGAUUGUCUUCAGUCUUUU